AUGAAGGUGGAAGAGGAAAAGGCUGGGGUAAGAAAGCUGGACCCCACAAGCUACAAAAGAAGACAUCCAGUUCAAGACCACCCUUCCAUUCAUAUUGGACUUCCACUUUCCAGUUACUCGAAAAGAAAAGGUGACCAGAAAGGACACCCUUCAGGCCUGCAAAAAGUUCAUUGGGGUCUUCAGCCAGACAAGAUACAGCAGGAAUUGACCAGCCCAGGAAAAGGGACCAGCAGUCAAGGGGGCCGCAUGGAUCUUAUCAGCAGAACUCGGUCUCCAGCUGCUGAGCAGCUCCAGGACAUCCUGGGGGAGGAAGAUGAGGCUCCCAACCCCACCCUCUUCACAGAGAUGGACACGCUUCAGCAUGAUGGAGACCAGAUGGAGUGGAAGGAGUCAGCCAGGUGGAUAAAAUUUGAAGAAAAGGUAGAGGAAGGUGGCGAACGCUGGAGCAAGCCCCACGUGUCCACACUGUCCCUGCACAGCCUCUUCGAGCUCCGUACCUGCCUGCAGACAGGGACAGUACUGCUGGAUCUGGACAGUGGUUCCCUACCACAGAUCAUAGAUGAUGUCAUUGAGAAGCAGAUUGAAGACGGGCUUCUGCGGCCAGAGCUCCGGGAACGGGUCAGCUACGUCCUCCUGAGGAAGCAUCGUCACCAAACCAAGAAGCCCAUCCACCGCUCCUUAGUGGACAUUGGAAAGUCAGUCUCUUCUACCACAAAUCGCAGCCCUGCCCGGAGCCCCACAGCUGGCCCAAGUCUACACCGAUCCACUGAGGACCUGAGGAUGAGGCAAAGUGCAAAUUAUGGACAUCUGUGUCAUGCCCAGAGCAGGAGCAUGAAUGACAUUUCCCGCACCCCAAACACAGACCAGCGGAAAAACAAAUUCAUGAAGAAGAUCCCUAAAGACUCAGAAGCUUCCAAUGUGCUUGUGGGUGAGGUGGACUUCCUGGACCAACCAUUCAUUGCAUUUGUGCGUCUCAUCCAUUCUGCUAUGCUGGGGGGAGUGACUGAGGUACCUGUUCCUACCAGAUUUCUGUUCAUACUGCUGGGACCUUCUGGGAGAGCAAAGUCCUACAAUGAAAUUGGCCGUGCUAUUGCAACCCUCAUGGUGGAUGAUCUAUUCAGCGGUGUGGCCUAUAAAGCCCGCAAUCGGGAAGACCUGAUCGCAGGAAUCGAUGAGUUUCUGGAUGAAGUCAUUGUCCUUCCCCCUGGAGAAUGGGACCCAAAUAUCAGAAUUGAGCCACCCAAGAAAGUGCCCUCUGCCGACAAGAGGAAGUCGGUGUUCUCUCUGGCUGAGCUAGGCCAGAUGAAUGGCUCUGUGGGCGGAGGCGCUGGGGCUGGAGGUGGAGGCGGCAGCGGUGCAGCUGGCGGCAGCGGCGCAGGCGGAGCAGGCAGCGGGGAUGAGUCAGAGAUGCCGUCUAUGCACGAAAUCGGGGAGGAGCUCAUCUGGACAGGAAGGUUCUUUGGCGGACUGUGUCUGGAUGUCAAGAGGAAGCUUCCCUGGUUCCCAAGUGACUUCUAUGAUGGUUUCCACCUCCAGUCCAUCUCUGCCAUCCUAUUCAUCUACCUCGGCUGUAUCACCAAUGCGAUCACCUUUGGUGGGCUUCUUGGGGAUGCCACCGACAAUUAUCAGGGAGUGAUGGAGAGCUUCCUGGGCACUGCCAUGGCUGGCUCCUUGUUCUGCCUCUUCUCGGGACAGCCUCUCAUCAUUCUCAGCAGCACGGGACCCAUUCUCAUCUUCGAGAAACUCCUCUUUGACUUCAGCAAAGGCAAUGGAUUGGACUACAUGGAAUUCCGACUCUGGAUUGGCCUACACUCAGCCAUCCAGUGCCUUAUCCUGGUAGCCACAGAUGCCAGCUUUAUCAUCAAGUAUAUUACUCGCUUCACAGAGGAGGGAUUCUCUACCCUCAUCAGCUUCAUCUUCAUCUAUGAUGCUAUCAAGAAAAUGAUUGGUGCCUUUAGGUACUACCCUAUCAACAUGGACUUCAAGCCUGAUUCUAUUACCACCUACAAGUGCGAGUGUGUUGCCCCAGAUACAGUGAAUACAACCGUGUUCAAUGCCUCAGCCCCACUGGCACCAAACACCAGUGCGUCUCUGUACAACCCCCUUAACCUCACAGCUCUGGACUGGUCCCUGCUGAGCAAGAAGGAGUGUCUGAGCUAUGGUGGCCGCCUGCUGGGAAACUCAUGCCAAUUCAUCCCAGAUCUGGCACUAAUGUCCUUCAUCCUUUUCUUCGGAACAUAUUCCAUGACCUUAACACUGAAGAAAUUUAAAUUCAGCCGUUAUUUUCCUACCAAGGUCCGGGCCCUAGUGGCUGACUUUUCCAUUGUUUUCUCCAUCCUGAUGUUCUGUGGAAUUGAUGCCUGCUUUGGUCUGGAAACCCCCAAACUGCACGUGCCUAAUGUCAUCAAGCCCACGAGGCCUGACCGAGGCUGGUUCGUGGCCCCUUUUGGGAAGAACCCGUGGUGGGUGUACCUGGCGAGCAUCCUGCCCGCCUUGCUGGUGACCAUCUUGAUCUUCAUGGACCAGCAGAUCACAGCUGUCAUUGUCAACCGGAAGGAGAACAAGCUGAGGAAAGCUGCUGGCUACCAUCUGGACCUGUUCUGGGUGGGCAUCCUUAUGGCACUGUGCUCCUUCACGGGGCUCCCCUGGUACGUAGCUGCCACAGUCAUCUCCAUCGCCCACAUUGACAGCCUCAAGAUGGAAACGGAGACCAGCGCCCCUGGGGAGCAGCCUCAGUUCCUGGGGGUCAGGGAACAGAGAGUAACUGGCAUCAUUGUUUUCAUCCUGACGGGAAUCUCUGUCUUCCUGGCUCCCAUCCUGAAGUACAUCCCCAUGCCAGUGCUGUAUGGAGUCUUCCUCUACAUGGGUGUAGCCUCUCUGAAUGGCAUCCAGUUCUGGGACCGCUGCAAGCUCUUCCUGAUGCCUGCCAAGCACCAGCCAGACUAUGCCUUCCUGCGCCACGUGCCUCUGCGCCGCAUCCACCUCUUCACCCUUGUGCAGAUCCUCUGCUUGGCGGUGCUCUGGAUCCUCAAGUCCACCAUGGCUGCCAUCAUCUUCCCAGUCAUGAUCCUAGGCCUUAUCAUUGUUCGGAGGCUUCUGGACUUCAUCUUCUCCCAGCAUGAUCUGGCCUGGAUUGACAACAUCCUCCCAGAGAAGGAGAAAAAGGAGACAGACAAGAAGAAGAAAAGGAAAGGGGCCCACGAGGACAGUGAUGAGGAGCCCCAGUUCCUUCCUCCCUCAGUUAUAAAGAUUCCCAUGGAAAGUGUCCAAUCAGAUCCCCAAAAUGGUAUCCACUGCAUUGCCAGAAAAAGAUCUUCCAGUUGGAGUUACUCACUCUGAUUCUUCCUUCAGUGGCUCAGAACUUGAUCGAAGGUAAAGGCUCAGGAUGGGAUCAGAGACUCCUGGGUGUUAGAUAAGACACUAAGCAAUGUCCAGAAGGUUGAGGGAUUAGGAUUUCACACUAUGGAUUUUGAUGCCACAACACAGGGAGACAGAGGAUGAUUAGUCACCUCAUACCUUAGGGACAAGAAACAAAUGAGUCUUCUUAUUACAUCCACAAUGUGGUUAAAACACACAAAGGUAUUCAACUUUAAUACAGGGACUUACUGCAAAUAUUGCAUGGAAUAUUGAAAAAAUAAAACUAGACAGUAAAACUAGACAUAAAGUUUAAGUACCUGUUACUGAAUGGCAGAACGAAUGUAUGUUAAGGAUGAUAACACCACUUUAAUACUGUAUGGAAUAAAAUAACAACGGGUUAAUUAUCAUAGAUCAGAUAUGGGGGAAACAAAUCUAACAAAAAAAUAAAGAUUAAGUGGAGCUAGGAAGCCAAGAAAGGAUUUGAGACCCAGAUGCUAGAACCUCCAAGCCAACAAUGUGAUUACUUGGUGUUCAUGACCAAAAUCUAACAUGAAUAAAGGGGGACUACUUCAUGAUUAUACAGGAUGUUGUAAAAUAAAAAAGAAUCUGGGCCACAGAAGCCUGUAUCAGUUUAUUACUAGGGAAGCUGGUGGGGGCAGUCCCCCUCCUACCAUGUGCCCUAGAAUGGACAGGUAUCCGGUGGUGUUAGAUCCAACCUUAGUAAGAUCACAGGCUACCUUGUCUAGAGGCAGAUAAAUCUUCAGACUUAGAUGUAUGUAUGCUUUACAGGAAGCACACGAGAUCUCCUGAAUUAUGAGGGGAACUUUUAUCAUAUUGCCAGCAUCAGGAAUUACAAGUCAACCUUGGGCUGCAGGCCUAAGGACAUUCUAACCUAGGAGUAUCAUAUGCCAAAUUAUGUGUCCUUUAGUUCCACAUGCCUAACGCAAGCUCCUUUUCCCUGAAAGCCACUGAUCUUGCUAAAUUCCUGUUAGGAGAAAAGCGAUUUAUAAAUUGAAUCUCUAAUUAUCCCAAUAGAGCAAUUCCCCAAACCUGUAAAACUAGUCAUGGAACUAGAAGUGUAGAAAAUUUGGUAACUAAAGAUGUUGCUUCCCAACUGCCUCAGUAUCAAAAUAAAACAUUACACUAAGUCAAAACAGAAGGAAGCAAAAGCCACUAAAUAGCAGGAUUAUGCCUCGGCAAAGCAAAGGCUUAGCAGCAUAAUGUAGUUUCACAAAUAUUAAGCGCCAGAUAUCUACCGGGGAUGAUGCUUGAUUUCUGAGGAUAUAGAGUGACAGGUAGACAUGACUCAGUGUUUAAUAAUGGUAUACAGGAGAGAAAGGCUGGUUCUAAGGGAGAGAUUGUCUGGAGAAUCUAGGACCCUAGUUCCCUACCCAAUGUACAGAGCAGAGCACACAAGUGUUUCUAGGCAAUGAGAAUGCUUGAAGCACUAUUCGAAAACAUUCACACAAGCCAAAGAGCAAAUACCGGAUGGGUGAGCAAUCAAAGCAGGAACAUAGGCAGGAGUUCAGGUCCCGAGGUCCUUGUCCUCCGUGCUAUGGAAUUUGUCUAUGUGAUUUCCUUUGAACAAUGGGGAGUCAAAUUUAUGAUUUAUUCACUUUGGUAAUGGAUUAAAGAAUAGAUUGCAUGAGAUCAGUUCAGUGACUAUGGCUGAAAGCUCAGGAGAUUGAACACUUUGUUCCCAGGGAUGCAUUAGGAGUUUAUAUGCUUAGUGUAUGAUAGUUCUAACCUAAGAAAGUUCAUUAGCAAAAGGACUAUUUUCAUUAAAGCUCUGUUUGGAGUUGGGAGGAUAGUGUUUUAAACACCCCAACUACAUAAUCAUUCUUUCUUCCUACUUUUCCUCACUCAGCAUCACCUUGCACUUCAAAAUCUCUUGUCCAGCUUCACCUGCUUUCAGCUAUCCACGGAACCCUGUCUUCAUGGUGCCACAGGUGAAGAUAGAAAUGGAAUCUGAUUACGACUUCACAGACAUAGAUGACUAUGGAAGAGAAGCCAACGGUGAAACCACCCUGUAGGACCACACAGCUUCUCCCAGGCUGGGGACAGGGUGAGAUGUGUUAGUCUUCAUUGUGGGAGUCUGGGUCAAACUCUUAACUUCUUGGUGCCUGUUUCCGUAUGGGUCCUCCUGCCCGAUAGAAAAUUGAAGAUCAUUCAGUGAAGAGUUCUACUUCAAUACUUAGCUGUUUCCGUCCCUCUGUAGUUAAAUACUAAUAUAGAUCAUCCCUUCUUUUAUAAUGUGGUCCAGAUAAGUUAUAUUUCUUUUGAAAUGAAUGUCUCCUCAAACCCUAAGAUAAAUGGGCAAUAGUCCAUUUAUAUCUAAAACAAACACCAAUUACAUUUUUAAAGGUUAUGUUUAAAUCUAGAUUAUUUGAAAGAACUUUAGUCAGUUAAUGAAUUAAUGUAGAACUAUGCAUCUGACUAAACAGUGCUCACUAAAGUGAAAUCUCAACCAUGUUAGAUCAACAAAAGACCCUUUAAAUUUAUACCACUGGCUUUUCACACUUGGAAUCAAAGUGUGAUUUGUAUAGAUCCUUCCUGCAGUUUUUCCAUGGCUGAUUCCCAAAGUCAAACUUCCAUUCACAUAAACAUCUUAUGUUAGACAACUAAUAUUUUGGAAGAUUAUAACUUUGUAAUGUUAAACUAGUAGUUUAAAAGUAAUGAUUUAAACUAUUUGGGUAAAUUAUGCUAAACUGGCUAUUAAUGAAGCAAACUUUUUCCUGGGAAACUUAAGUUUGACAUUUUCAAUUCCACAUUUAAUAAGCACCAACAAUGUCUACAUUAAUUGUACAUUUACAAAGAGGCUGACAUUUUCUUUCUCAA